CUCGCAACCGCUGCUCAUUGCUUGCACACUGAUCGCAGCAACGUUGACGAGUGGGGGCUCGAAGGGAGGAGGAGCGAGGGGCUCUUCGCCGCUGCUUUCCUGUCUUCCUUGGACCUCGGCGCCGUGAAGCGAGGGGAAGCUCAUUGACGGGGAGCGGAGGCAGAAGUAGAGGGCAAUGGCGGGUCAGGUGGUUCUUGCGGCCGUUCUUCUGAUGAUAGCUGCAGUUCACGCAAGCGCGCAGACUCCGACUGAGGUGACCAUCGGGUCUGUCACCUACGCAGGCUCGGGCUGCAAUUACCAGAACACCAACUACGCGCUGUCGAACGACUACAAGACGGUCACCUUCAUGUUCGGCGGGAUGGUUGCGACCACGGACGGGGCGCUCGCCGACAAGAGGAAGCAUUGCCAGAUGUCUUUCAAUAUGAUCUACCCGGAUGGCUGGAGCUUCUCCAUCGGCCAGGCGACGGGCCGCGGGUUCGCUGACAUCGCAAAGCACUCUGAGGGCGUCUACGAGACACACUACUACUUCUCCGGACAAACUGGUACGGCGAUCGUCGAGCGCAAAAUUAAAGGCCCGAAGGUCGGCAGCUUCGAGUUCACGGAUGACUUCCUGACGGAUGUCUGGAGCGAGUGCAACAACGCGCCCAACUUGAACAUCAAGACGGUGGUGAAAGUGGAGGGCAAGAAGGCUGUGAUGGCGCUUGACUCCCACGAUACCAGGUUCCAGCUCAUCUUUAACCUCCAAUGGAGGCAGUGUGCGCAAACUUGAGACCCCCAGUCACCAUCUCGCACUGAGGUUGGCGGUUGAGCGGGUGGAGAUGAAGAGCGGCGGGGUGGAAGAGGAGGGUAGCCGAACUGAGGGAAAGAGGCUAUGGUCGAUGCAGUGGCGCGUUUUUAGAAGAUCCCACCUACCAUUCCUCGGCACUCGUUGCAAGGGACAGCAUGGAGAUGGUCGGGCUUCUUUAGCAGCAGUUGUAAACGACGAAAUCAAGUGUCGCUGCUUAUCUUAUAGGUGAACAGAAGGUAGAUAUGGGAUGAUCAGUUGUUUUUUCGUAGAUGCAGUCUCGCUGUGUGUGCUUCAGUAGCUCGUUAAUAGUCGUUAUCAUAGCCCGUCGCGCUGUGUCCCCUCUCUGCCUGGUCCGAAGUAAACUAUAACAAGUUUCCUUUUCACUGUUGAGAGKCGCGAAAGGUUGUUUUAKCCMSKYCGKKKCMAGCSSKWUUACGCCWSACMCUCUCWCUSUCUCUCUCUCUCUCUCUCUCUCUCUCUCUCUCYCYCYCYCYCUCUCUCUCUCUCUCUCUCUCUCUCUCCCCCCUCUUUCAUUGUCGAUAAUCUGGUUUUCUUCUCUCUCCCUCUGCGAGACGCCGGAUCAUUACCUCCGCUCAUUGGAUCGAAUAGGGUCUUUGUCGUCCGUUCAGCGUCGUCUCCCAUAAUUUUCGCAUUUGAGAAAAUAACAAUCACCAAAGCUUGCAAAACCAGAGGGGGGGAAGGGGGGGGAACACCUGACUUCAAGCCAUUCUAAAAGAAGUCGGGCCCCUCGUCAGUAGGUAUGAAACGAAGAGAGUGGACAGGGGCAGCAGUGCCCAGUUGCUCUGCAACUGAUAGUUUCCUCGGGAAUCUUGUAAGAAGAAAAGGUAGGGAGUCUAAAUCUCUCCGUGGGAUUUACUGCCCUCAUGCAAAAUCCAGUUCUCGUCCGUCCCAUAGUGUGCACUCUCCGUGGCGCACCCCCACACAACGAUUUGACUGGUAAUCCGUCGUCUAUAAUCGCUCUUCGAAGGUUUUUUUUUUUUUUUGCCAGCGAUUAUAUCAGGCCUUCCAUCUAAUUACUAUUAUCUUAUUCAACAUAAUGAAGAAUUCUUAAUGCC